UGCAAGCCUUUGAACGAUCAGCGACGACGGCGUUACUUUUGGCGCGGAUACAGCAGCGACACUUUUUUCUCGUUGGCAGGCGCCUCCUGUCACCCAAGCAAGCCAGCCGACAAACAAACAAACAAACAAACAAAGCAGCCAACAGGCCAACAAAGCAUAAACAAACAUAAACAAGCCAACAAACAACCAGCAGACAAGCUGAUCGAGAAACAAGUGUGCAUUUUUGGUUCGAGAUUCCUUUGAUUUGAUCGCUUACAGUUCUUUUUUUGCCUGUGUUCCUUUCGAAGUCCCCCAAAAAUACUACCCAAAACCCCCAACCAGUGACAAUAAGAGCAGCCGAACAUUGCGACUGUGGAGGCAAACACAUCAGCAGACUUCAGCCGACGGCCGAGUGAACAAAGUGCAGCGCCGACGGACUCACAACAAAAGAUACAGAACCAGCUACAGAGUCAGAUGCGCAUGCAGACACAGAUACGGAUACUAUCUGGGCUAUCCCUGCGCGACUGGCUGCCCGUUUGCUUUUUUUCUGAGUGCGUGUGUGCUUGUGCUGUGCUGUGCCGUGCUGUGCCUGCCGAUCCCAAACCACACACAUGUCCAUGUCCCUUACGUCUCCAUUUCCCUUAGUCUCCCCAGUAAAAACCAGUGGGCCCCUGCUGCCACAGUAGCCGCGGAAGGGCGAAAAGAAAAGGUACGCGAGGAGUAGAAAACGCAGCCAGAAGACGAACCCAGACCACUGUGCGAACCCAAGUGGCCGCAAGACAAUCGAGAAAAGACACCAUCAUUGUGCGCCUCAAAUUGACAGCGGCAGCAGCAGCAGCAGCAACGACCCCUGCAACUGCAACUGCAGCAGCGACAUCGGCGGCGGCGGCAGCGACCUACACUGCGACAAACAUGCUGACGGACAUGACCCCCACGGCCGGCCAGCUCUACGGAUCCCAGAUCCCGGCCAUGGGCAUGAACAUCACCAACAUCGCCACUCACUUGCAGAAGCCACAAGUUAAUCCGGACCAUCCCAGCUUGAGGGGAACUCCGCUGGCCAUGCUGGCCGCCCAGUGCAACAAGCUGUCGAACAAAUCGCCACCCCCGCUGGCCGACGCCGCCGUGGGCAAGGGCUUCCACCCGUGGAAGAAGAGCCCCAACUCGCCGGCAGCGGGAUCCAGUGGCUCCUCCGGAGGAGGGAACGGCGGCGGGAGCAGCGCCGGCCAGCACUCGCCCUGCGCCAUCUCAGCGGCCAGCUCGUCGAGCUCCAGCGGAUCGAGUGGAGGACAGUCCUCCAGGAGCCACUCCGCCAGCGCCAGCACCAUGGUGAACAUCACAGCUAGCCGCCCCCUGGCCUCCUCCUGCGCGGCGGUGGGCGGGGGCUCCGCCUCCUCGGGCGGCGGCUCCUCCUCCUCCGCCGCCUCCGGAUCGCACUCCUCCUCCGCCUCCGCCUCCUCCUCGUCGGCCUCCGCGAUGGCGGCCGCCUACGGAUCCGACCUCUACUUCCCGAACGCCUCCACCUCGAACAUGGACAACCACCACAUGCACCAGGGCCUCCUGGGCAAGGUGGAGGCCGGAGCGGCGGCCUUCGGGGGCGUCUACUCGCGCCACCCCUACGACUGGCCCUUCAACGCGGUGAGCCACAAGGAGGCGGCCAGCGUGAACUCCGGCUGGUGGGACAUGCACAGCGCCGCCGGCUCCUGGCUGGACAUGGGAGGCGCCGGCAUGCACUCCACGAUGGCCAACUACGCCAGCGAGAACUACAGCUCGGCGCUGAGCCACUCGCUGCUGGGCUCCGGCCAGCACCUGCUGCAGGACACCUACAAGAGCAUGCUGCCCGGCCAGGGAGUGGGCGUGGGCGGCGGCGUGGGCAUCGGCGUGGGCAUGGGCGGCUUCUCGCUGCCCCACAGCUCCCCGUCGGCGGCAGCGGCGGCGGCGGCCACAGCGGCAGCAGCAGCCGCCGGCGGCUCGCCCCAGGGAGGCUCCCCCUCGACGCCGUCGCCGCGAUCCCAGCGGCGGUAUGCCGGGCGGGCAACCUGCGACUGCCCCAACUGCCAGGAGGCGGAGCGCCUGGGCCCGGCCGGCGUGCAUCUGCGCAAGAAGAACAUCCACUCGUGCCACAUACCGGGCUGUGGCAAGGUGUACGGGAAGACGUCGCACCUGAAGGCUCACCUGCGGUGGCACACCGGCGAGCGUCCCUUUGUGUGCAACUGGCUGUUCUGCGGCAAGCGCUUCACGCGCUCCGACGAGCUGCAACGGCACUUGCGGACGCACACCGGCGAGAAGCGCUUUGCAUGCCCCGUGUGCAACAAGCGGUUUAUGCGCAGCGACCAUUUGGCCAAGCACGUGAAGACGCACAAUGGCACGGCCGGCCACCAGGUCAACGGCCAUGGUGGCCACGGGCUGAAGAAGGGCUCCUCGGAAUCGUGCAGCGAUUCGGAGGAGGCCGCCAACCAGUCGGGCGAGUCCAACGGGCUGGGCGGCGUGGGCAGUGGCCCUCAGACGGGCGGGGUCGGUGGCGGCGGGGGUGGCUCGGGUCCCACUUCCGGUUCCGGACUGGCCGGCGGCAGUGGAAGCGGAAAUGGCGGUGGCAACGGCCCGCCCGGGGGCAACUCCUCCGGCGGCGGCUCCAGCUCCACCUCCAAUUCCAAUUCCAACUCCGGAGGGUCGAGCGGCUCCGUUUCCGGUUCCGGUUCUGGGAGCAGCCAUCCCGGCACCCCGACCUCGCUGCACGCGCACAGCGCCAAUGGCACGUCCAGCAGCCUGCUGGGCGGCGGUCUGCACCUGGCCACGCCGCACCAGAUGGUCGCCGCGGGCGGUUCGCCGGUGAUGCUCCACCAGCAGCAGCAGCAGCAGCAGCAGCAACAGCAGCAACAUCAGCAGCAGCAGCAGCAGCACCAGCAGCAGCAGCAGCACCUGCAACAGCAGCAACACCACCAACACCUUCACCAGCAAUUCGGGCAGCAGCAGCAGCAGCAGCACCCCCAUCACCACCUGCACCACCAUGCGCACCACUCGCACCACCUGGCCACCGGCGGCUCCCCGGGCCUGGACCCCAGCUCCCUGGUGGACAUCAAGCCACCCAUGGUUUGAGGUUCGCUGGGACCCUUCCUCUUCACCAACUAGGGAACGGGUUCCAUCGCUGACCUCUGAUGUAUCACCUAAAGCUAACGCGGCGGUUGUACAUAUUCGAUAAAGCCCGCUCUACGUGUCUAUGGCGCCUAUCCCCAGCACUAAUCUGAGAUCGAUAAACGAUAUCUUUUGCUUGUAGCCUACUUGUUUAGACUAAGCCAUUUUCUAGUAUAUCUAGGUGUAUCCCUGAAAAUACCGAGGGGAGUUCAAGUUUUUUUUGUAUUUUUUUUACUAGCCCUAUGGAUAUGUAAUUUUUUUGUAGGCCCUAAGCAAAUAUAUAUACGAUAUUAACCAAGAGACAAGCUUCGAGCACCACAAAAAACAUAAUUAUGCAAUUCUAAACGGAGGAACCUAAAGGAUAUGAAUAAAAAUACGGAUAUUGAGCGGGGAAGACAUCAUAAAUAUAUUUCUAGUCCAAUUAUGAAGUGUGAGCGAACCAAAAUUGUAAAAAAAAAUUGUAUCAGGGGGGAUUUGAACUCUGGCCCUUGUAAAUUAGCAUAUGGCCCUCAAUUAUUUUUGCUAUCCCCAUCGAGUCGAUCAACCGACAUCGAUAUCGAUAUCGAAAACGAUAUCCUAGACGCUAGUGCUUUAAUCGAUCCCAACUAAACAAAAUGGAGAAAACCAAGCUAAACUAAAUGUGUUUUUGUUGUUUUAUUUGAACUAGGCUUAGGGCAGAUACUUAGAUACUUAGCACACACACACACACACACACACACGAAACAGCGGAUGCAAACAAACAAAAACAAAUAACGCAAUUUAUCAUCUUCGAUUACUUUUUUUUGUCUAUGUAAAUUAAUUAUUUAAAAUACGAAUAAACUAUUUAAAUUUCAUUCAAAAUAAAUGUACAACAAAA